CUUAUAUUAUCUAUGAUUUUCGAUCGACGUUUAUAAAUAUUAAAUUCUUAAUAAAUUUUAAUAAACAUAUUAUAUUUUAUUAUAACUGUUUUCUACUCGCACAAGUCACGGUCUUGUAAGGAUUUUAUUCGUUUGUUUGUGAUUUGAGGUAUAGUGGAUCAUGUCCAAAGACAAGAUCCAAGAGGGAAGGGAGUGUAUGGACAAAGCUGCGAAAUAUCUGAAGACAUCUUUGUUGAAAUGGGUUCCGGAUUACGACAGUGCAGCCGACGAAUACUCGAAAGCAGCUACUUGCUUCCGAGUUGGAAAAUCAUAUAAGGAAAGCAAGGAAUGUCUUAUGAAAGCAUCAGAAAAUUAUUUACAAAAUGGAUCACUUUUCCAUGCUGCUAAGUGUAUGGAUCAGGCGAUUAUUAUGUCCAAGGAGAUAGGUGACACAAGUGACGUGUUUAAAUUGGCCAUGAAAGCCAGUCACUAUUACCAGCAACAUGGAUCUUCUGGAAGCGCAUCAUUAUUGUUGAACAAAGUUGCAGACAUGUUACAACAAUCAGAUCCAGAAUCAGCCGUCAAGCUCUUAAAAGAAGCUUCAAACAUUUCUGGGAUUGAAGAUUCAACUGGACAAGCAAUGGAAUACACACACAAAGUAGCACGACUGUUGGUAAAAUUGAAAAGGUAUGAAGAAGCUGAAAAUGAAAUAAAACGUCAAUUUGAUCUUGUCGCAGAAGGAGGUCCAACGUCCAAUAUGGGCAGAGUAACUGUUGAACUAUUUUUACUACAAUUGGCUAAAGAUGAUUAUGUGGCCGCUAAAAAAGUGUUGCACGAAUAUGGAAUGCAAUAUUGUGAACAAGCAGAGAUUUAUAUGCUUGACAGUAUUGUAAACGCAUACUCCGAUCAUGAUAGUGCUCAAAUACUGAAAAUGUUAAACAGUCCUUUUAUUAAGCACAUGGAUGUAGAGUUUGCAAUACUCGCGAAGAGUUUGGCCGAAAAAUGGAUAGUGGAACCUAAAGAGCAAGUUACCAAUACUGAGAAUGAAGACACAGACGCAUCACCAACAGACUUUGGAGGAACGCUUUGUUGAAGCAGAAAUUACCUUUUAAUAUUCUACCUUAUUUAUUCAAAUUAUACUUGUUUCUUAGAUUGAAACAAUUGAGGCUUAAAAGAAUUAUUAUUCGUCUUAUAAAUCUCAGGUUAGUAUAUGUUUUAAAUAUUAAAUGUACAUAUGAUAAUUUUAAUAAUAUGCAAUUACGCUAAGAAGUUAGAACCAAUAUCAAUAUCAAAUACAAUUCAAACAUAAAAUAACAAAAUAUUUAAUUCAUUCAAAAUUACUCAUUAAAAAUACAUGGUAUGGUUGAUAGUUAGUGUAUUUAAUAUCCGUGUUCUUUUAUACAAAAAAAUAUUAAAAAAUUAUUUUGGCGUUGAUUAUUUUAUCAAAAAUGAAAUGAUAAUUUAUAAUAUUGUAAUAGUGAAAAUAAUAAUUAGUGACAAUUGGUUUUGGAAUGAAAAACCAUAAAAUAAAACUGAUAAGAUACUAUUAUUGAUUAUUGUUUAUGUACCUAUGAUUUAGAAUUUUAGAUUGUUAAAUCGGUUCAAUAAUAAUAAAACAUUUAAAUUUAAAUUUUUUCGAUUCAUUUUUUUUAGGUAUAUGCUUUUGAGGUUGAUUUGUUAUGUAAUAAUUGUUAUUUUCUUACUGUUUAACAGUACAUUUUUGUAAUGUUGUUAAUUACAAUAUCUAUAGACUAUAACCUAUUUAACUUUUUAAAUUAAUGUUUUAAACACAUGCCACUAUUAUAUAUUUAGUAUUUACCACAAUUUUGUAACAUUCCAAAUUAAUUAGAUAAUAUAAUGUAUUUUUAAUUACAUUCUACAUAACUUUGUUUAAUAUAGAUCCAAUAAUGUAAUUUUUGUUUGUUUUUUAUGUAUUUAAUUAAGCAAUUAUAGUAAAU